CUCCUCAGUCUCUGAGCUCGUAGCUUUGUUCACCACCUCAAUGCAACCUAUCCGUCCCCAGUGGACGUCACGGUUGAGGGUGGGACGCCUCCUGUCUCGCACAGGGCUGCCCAUUCCACCACUCCGUACAAAGCAGACUUUGCAGGCGAAUGCUCAGCUUGCUCGAGUAAUCCAGCACCCAUCUACCUCUCUAACCCAAGCAAGAUAUAGCAGCAUCGCGGCGUCUCCUGAGCGGGUCUUCGAGGAGCGUCUGCAAGCGGUCGAGAAUGCCUUCCCGGAGGCAUACCCUCGGCUUGCCCCCAACCAAAACUCAGUGACCUGUGCGGAGUUUUCCGACCGCUACAGCCAUAUAGCAGAAAAUGAAAUAGUAGAGGAAGAUACUGUCGCCAUCAACGGUAGGAUACGUACCUAUAGACUUGUCGGAAGCGGAUUGAUCUUCUUCGACAUUGUCCAGAAUGGCCAUAAGGUGCAAGCGAUGUGCAACCGUCGUCGGCUGGAGGGGGUCACUCCGGAGCGCUUCAAGAAGCUCUAUCGCCUGCUUCGCCGCGGCGAUGCCUUUUCCGUAACAGGGAAUCCGCACCGGACGGGACGUGGCGAGCUCACGGUCCUGGCCACCGAAUUGCCCCAGCUUCUGUCGCCCUGUCUGCACGACAUCCCGGUCGAUGCCAAAGAGCACGAUAACUCGCCGUAUCCCCGUCACGUCCAGUUCCUGGCGGACCCAACCACAGUAAACGCCAUCAAGGCCAGGUCGGCUAUCGUUCAGUACCUCCGCCAGUUCUUCGUGGGCCGGUCAUUCACGGAGGUCAACACGCCUAUCCUCGAAGCGGUUGCCGGCGGUGCCAUUGCCCGUCCGUUCAAUACCAGAGCCACCGAGUUUCCUGAUCGUCAGCUGUCAUUGCGGAUUGCGCCGGAACUCUGGCUGAAGCGCCUGGUUGUAGGAGGGUUUGAUAGGGUCUUCGAGAUUGGGCCGUCGUUCCGCAAUGAAGGAAUUGACAAGACCCACAACCCCGAAUUCACCACCUGCGAAUUCUACCACGCCUAUGCCAAUCUCGAAGACCUGAUGUCCACAACCGAAAAGCUCCUCUCCGGACUGGCCGAGCACAUCCGCACAUUCCACGAAACCCACCCUCUCCAAAAGCCCACCGAAGUAGACUUCUCCGCACCCUUCCGCCGAAUCGACUUCAUCACCGGCAUCGAGGAGAAGAUCGACCGCAAGCUCCCCGACCUCACAUCCCCCACUGCCCUGGAAGAAGUGAAGCAGAUCUUCCAGGACCGUUGUCUCGAGCUCCCGGAAAAGGCCACCCUCCCCCGCCUGCUGGACGAGCUCUGCAGCAUCUACGUUGAGCCCGAGUGCAUCAACCCGACCUUCAUCGUCAACCCUCCGGAGUGUCUGUCCCCCUUAUCCAAGUCUUUCACCCACCCGACCACGAACCAGCGCGUCGCCGCACGCGGCGAGCUCUUCAUCGAGGGCCGCGAGGUCGUGAACACAUACGAGGAGGAAAACUCGCCCUUUGAGCAGCGGCGCAAGUUCAAGGACCAGGUGCGAUACAGCAAGGAGGCCAACGAGACGGAGGAGAUUGAUGAGAGCUAUCUGCGCGCGCUGGAAUGGGGCCUUCCCCCGACGGGGGGCUGGGGAUGCGGUAUCGACCGCCUCUGCAUGCUGUUCACGGGCAUGCAGAAGAUUGGGGAUGUGUUGCCAUUUGGUACCCUCCGGAAAGUGAGUCAUCGUGUGGGCGUGCCGCAGUCUUCGGGAAACGAGAACAAGAAGUAGAUCUGGAUUAGACCUAGAUCGGGGCCUCGAAGACGGCCUCAGUGACUGACCGACUGCCUGGAGUCGAGUCCAACGUCCAACACGUCGACGCGUCUUGCAGCGGCUCUCAUUGGUCGACUGCAGGGGGUGGAGUUUCGCGAUUUCUUGCAGUUUGGAACGUUGGAGUUGUCCUGGUCGUCAUUCACGCUGUGGUGCUGGACUGGCUAGGCCAGGCCAGGCCAUAUCAGCCUGGAAACUAAACGGGGGGGGGGUG